AUGUACCUGUCAGAAGUGAGGAGGAGGCCUCCUGUACACUUCCAAGGUACUGAAUGGAAGAUUCAGUUGCUGGUGGGGAUCUGUUGGUUUGCAGAGGCCUCCAGAAACGCUCCCUACCCUUGGAAUCUGCCUUCAUGUCAACCUGGUUUUAAGCCUUGGCUUAUAAAUGGAACAUUGGCCGAGAAGCAGCUUGCGGACCCUCGGACAUUUUGCAUUGCCCAGCCUGUGAAAGAAGGCUUCUGGACAAGGCAUCUAAGAGCAAUAGGUAUCAGUUUUCUAUGUCUUCUUGCAUGGGAUAUGGGACUUGCUUUCACACAUGCUCAAGAGAAAAUCGAGGCUGAAGGGAUCGCUUGCGUGGGUAGAUACAACAGGAACAGAUGUUGGGCACCAGUUCCGCAAACCGAGGAAUAUUGCGCUAUGAUAUCACUAUGCAUGAAUCAAUCAUGGAUGAGCGUAGGAUUCACCCGCAUUGCAGUGGCAACACUCGCUGAAACGUUGAAUUCUUUCUUCAAAGCUGUUGCCAUAAAAACCAUGAUCUGGAUCAUGUACUCUGUUUCGAAGAAGGACGUGGCAUUGUAUUAUAUCAGAUUCAUCUCACUUAAGCUUGCGCUCGAUUGCGCGAACACAAAAACCCAAGAACUUGAUGAUAUUUAG